UGAUGGUGAGCUGGGGGGUCUGGGGCUUUCCCUGAGGUGUGCUGCUGGGGUCUGGGGGCUGCCCCGAUGGUGCGCUGAACCUGGAACGUGCAGCCUGCCUCGGAGGGGGGGUCUCCUCCCCUCCCACCACCUCUAGGAUUCCGGGCUCCGUCCACUCCAGACAGGGAACAGGAGGGAGUUCCCCAAGCAUCCCCAAGAACUCACACGUCAGGGUAAUCCUGAUACUGAAAUAGAGGUUCGACUCCAUCUUUUUAGGUCCUGCCAAGCUGGACCUCCCCUGCGUCUAGGUCCAAAAUUAUUUUCCUUGGAGAUAAUUUAAAAUUUAUGAUGCAGUUGCAUGAAAAGAGUUUUUCCUCGUGAAUCCUCAGAUGAUUGCGUUUUGUCUCAUUGGCUUACCCACACGCUCUUUCCCCAGACACAUAAAAAAGCGAGGAGCCUGGAACUCUAUCUGGGUCUUGCACAUGGGUGGCAGGGACCAAGUCCUUGGUCCUCUCUGGUGCUUUCCACGUGCAUUAGCAGGGAGCUGGACCAGAAGCAGAACAGCCAGGACUGGAACUGGCGCUCUGGAUGGAGGGUGCCAGCCACGAAGGCGGUGGCUUAACCCAGUGCACCACGACGCCAGCCCUGAUACUUUGUAAGGCAAUCUAGUUCGGUAGUUUGUAGAACGUUGCACGUUCAGGAUCUGAUUGCUUCCUAGUGGUAUUUCUUAGCUCAGUUCCCUAUUUUUCUAUCUUUUAAAAAAUUUUUUUAAACUUUAUUUACUUGAAAGGUAGAAGGACAAAGACAAAGAUCUACUUACUAGUUCACUCCCCAAAUUCCUGCAACAGUUAAGGCUGAGCUGGCGCUGUGGCAUAGUGGAUAAAGCCACUGCCUGCAGCACCAGCAUCCCAUAUGGGAGCUGGUUCGAGUCUCAGCCGCUCCACUUUUGAUCCAGCUCUCUGCCAUGGCCUGGGAAAGCAGUGGAAGAUGGCCCAAGUGUGUGGGCCCCUGCACCUGCGUGGGAGACCCAGCGGAAGCUCCUGGCUCCUGGCUUCAGAUCAGCCCAGCUCUGCCCAUUGCAGCCAUUUGGGGAGUGAACCAAUGGAUGGAAGACCUCUCUCUCUCUCUGCCUCUGCCUCUCUGUAGUUCUGCCUUUCAAAUAAAUAAAUAAAUAUUAAAACAAAAACAGUUGAGGCUGGGCUAGGAGCUGGGAACACAGUCUGGAUCUCCUAUGUGUGCGGCAGGGACCCAAGCACUUGAGCCGUCGCCUGCUGCCUCCCGGGGUCUGCAUUCGCAGGAAGCUGGAAUUGGAAGCAGAGCCAGGACUGGAACCCAGGUACCAGGUGGAGUCACUGCCUUCCUUGGCCACAGCAGAGAGCUGGACUGGAAGAGGAGCAACCAGGACUAGAACCAGUGCCCAUAUGGGAUGCUGGCGCCGCAGGUGGAGGAUUAACCAAGUGAGCCAUGGUGCUGCCCGCCCCCAAAGCAAUUUUGAAAAUGUGAUUUUCCUAAAUGGAGAAAUGAAAUUUGAGCCCAACGGAAAAGACCCCAGUGAAAUGGCUUUCUCUGAGAAUAUUCUAGAAAGGAGGCCCUACUGUGCUUGUAGGGGUGUGUGUUUCUGAGAGUAGGCAUUUGUGUAGGGGUUUGUGUGUGGGGGUGUGGUUACGUUCAAGGAUGUGUGUAAAGUGUGUGUCUACAUAGGUGUGUGUGUGUGUGUGCAGGAGGAAUGGAGUUUAGGUUGUCCAAGUAAGGGAGGAAACAAGAGCUUAGGGGCGGUCCUGCAGGUUCUCUUCAGGGAGCUGUGUACCGAGGGUGUUUGCCCUGGCCUUGGCGUUGCUGUGUGAGGCCUGUGAAGUGGGCCAGGGCACAUUCCUGGCGAGCUUUGAGCAGCUGUGUGCUCUGUUUGGCGUGAGGCGGGCCUGCCACCUGUGUGUCGGGACCCUGGUGACAAGCAGCCGCCUCCCACCUCACUGGGACUGGAAUUGCGGUUCUGAGCCUCCUCGGGUGAUGGUGAUGCGUGCAGAGCAAUGUGGAGUGGAGGGAAAAGUUGGUCCGCAGAGGGAGGAGUUACGGGAGCAGCCACCUACAGCGAGUGGAGCAGUGGGUGAACCACCUGGGUCAGCUCUGGCAGUAGCCUGUAUGAGCACACACUGCGUACUUGGAACUUUUCCAUCCAUUUGAAAAAUUUCACAAUGAAAUUCUAGGGAAGGGAUGAGAACCAAGCAAUUAAAGGAUGUUGUCUCAAGACUCCCAAAAUUGUAAGGUAGCUGGGAAAAUUUCUUCCAGGUCAGGUUUUUUUGUUUAUUUGUUUCAAAAGUGAUGAGCAGAAUGAAUUGGAGUCUAGGGGCCAGUGUUGUGGCACAGUGGGUUAAGCCACCACCUGCGAUGCCGGCAUCCCAUAUUGGAGCACAAAUUUAAGUCCCUGCUACUCUGCUUCUGAUCCAGCUCCCUGCUACUAUGCCUUGGAAAGCAGCGGAGGAUGGCCCAAGUACUCCCAUGUGGGUCUCCCACCCACAUGGGAGACCUGGUGGGGUUCCUGGAUCCUGGCUUUGGCCUUAGCUCAGCCCUGACUAAUGUGGCCAUUUGGGGAGUGAAUCAGUGGAUCGGAGGUCUCUUUGUGUCUCUCCCUCUCCAUCAUUCUGCCUUUCACAUAAAUAAAUCUAAAAAGAGAGAAUGAAAGAAAGAGAGGGAGGGAGGGGUGGAGAGGUACAUUCCUGGCCUUUCAAAUCCCCCAGUCUUACCCAGAAUCGGCAAAGCAAGAUGGCAGCUGCUGUGGACUGAGUGGUGUCCAUCAAGAAGAUGUGCUCAGACUCUUGAAGCUUGUGACUGUGACCUUGGUGGGAACUGGGGCCUUUGCUAAUGCAGUCGAGUUAAGGUAGAACCUAAUCCCGUGACGGGUGUCCUUAUAAGAAGAUGGAAAUUGGGACACGCAAGGAGAAGAUGAGGGCGAUGAAGGCAGAGUGAAGCAGCUCCGAGCAAGGACCACCACGGGCUGCAGGCAGCCACCGGGAGCCGGGAGAAGCAAGCGAGGUUCCUCCCUUAGGAACCUGAGACAGCGUGCUCUGCCCACGCCUGGAUUUUGCACUUUUGGCUUCUAAGACUUGGAAAAACAAAUUUCUGUUGGCUUCAGUCACCAGGUUGUGGUGCUUUUGCUAUGUGACAGCCCUGGACACUGCGAGAGUGGCCAGUUCCAGACUGGAGUGGCAGCGGAGUGAGAUGGCCUUCCUCACCUUUGGAGAAGUCCUAGCAUGCAGUAGGUUGGCUCGGGACAACUGCUAAGCAGUAUUGCAUGAUUCAUUUUUAAAUGCUUAUUUUUAAAAAAUAUUUACUUAUUGGCUGGCGCCGCAGCUCACUAGGCUAAUCCUCCGCCUUGCAGCGCCGGCACACCGGGUUCUAGUCCCGAUUGGGGCGCCGGAUUCUGUCCCGGUUGCCCCUCUUCCAGGCCAGCUCUCUGCUGUGGCCAGGGAGGGCAGUGGAGGAUGGCCCAAUGGGAGACCAGGAGAAGCACCUGGCUCCUGGCUGCAGAUCAGCGCGGUGCACCAGCCGCAGCGUGCCUGCCGCGGCGGCCAUUGGAGGGUGAACCAAUGACAAAGGAAGACCUUUCUCUCUGUCUCUCUCUCUCACUGUCCACUCUGCCUGUCAAAAAAAAAAAAUUUACUUAUGUGGAAGGCAGAAUCACACACACACACUCACACUCACACUCACACACACACACACACACACAGCGUUUCCAUUUGCUGAUUCGUUCCCUGCUUCUCUCUACUUCCUCCUCUUGCCCCUUGUAGGCCAUUCUCAACCCAGCUGCCAGAGCGAGCCAAAAACCCACUGGUUCAUUUCUCUCCUCUGUUCAUGACUUCCUGCCUUGGCUGGUUUAUUUGCAAAUUCUCCAGAGACUCACCAAGCCCCUGCUCACUGGUGCAGCUCCUCCAGUUUCCUUUGAACUUUGCCAGGAGGGGUUCCUGGGAAGCCCUGUGCAGAGAACACAACUGCUCUCCAAUUAAAGGUGGUUUCUUUUAUUUUUAAAGAUUUAUUUAUUUAUUUGAAAGAGUGACAGGGAGAGAGAUCUCGCAUCUGCUGGUUCACUCCCCAGAUGGUCCUAACAGCUGGGGCUGGGGCUGGGCCAGGCUGAAGCCAGGACCCAGGAACUCCAUCUGGGUCUCCCGUGUGAGUAGAAGGGGCCCAGGAACUUGUAUCAUCCUCUGCCACUUUCUCAGGCACUUUGGCAGAGAGCAGGGUCAGAAGUGGAGCAGCUGGGACUUGAACCUGCGCACUGAGAGGGGAUGCUGGCAUCGCAAGCAGCGGCCUACCCCACUGUACCACAACUCUGGCCCCUCAGGGCCGUCUGCCUUGUCUGUGUUCAGGCUGCCGUGUCCGCGUGGAGUCUCCCCUCCAGGUCAAACAGGCACGGGGCGAGCCCUGCACGUGAAGCUCUGACAGAAGUGUCUUCCUGGUCGACCGAUGAGGUCGAGUGCUUCUCUGAUUACAUGACCCUGUGGGUCCCACGGAGCCGCCUGGGAGGGUUGAAGCGGUGGCUGAGCAGAGUCCUGCACCCACCAGGGACCUGGAGGGGCCCCGACCACCUGGAUUCUUCCCUGGCCAAGUGUGGCUACUUCCUGCACCCUACUCCCGACGGGGACUUCAUCUUCCGAGUUCGAUACUCGGCCUGCUUUGUGCAGAAGGAGACAGCAAAUUACAGGUUGGAAAUCAGAAUAUUUCAAAAAGGGGUGAAGAGGUUGGAACGGAGUGAUCGCUACGUAAUGAAGUGUCCCCGAAUCGGGUCGAGGCUGGGCCAGCAGAGCGUCCGCUGCAGCCCCGAGUUCAUCCAGGUCUCCCGGCCUCUGCCCCUCGGAAGCGACGGUGGGCAGAUGCCCUGGCUGCUGUCCCUCCGAGGGGAGCUGGUGGCCUCCCUGGAGGAUGCCGGCCUGAUGGGAUUGUCCGUGGACAUCAAUGCCUCCGAAAUCACUGUGCAAAGCCCGCGACAAGACCUUCUUCAGAGGCGGGAGGUGCUGAACACCUCUGCGGAGCUCCUGCCACUCUGGCUGGUGAGCGGCUCGUAUGCCUACUCCCUAGAAGCUGCUUGCCCCCUGGGGUCAGCCCAGCCUGAGUCAGAGGUCUUAGUUCACGUCCCCAAGCAGAGACUGGGCCUGGUCAAAAGAGGGUCUCACAUCAAGGAGAGCUUGAGCCUGCGGUUCCUCCGGGUCCACCAGGCCGGCACCUUCACCGUGACCGAGAGCGGGGAUUUUGUGGUGGUCAGCAUCCCGGCGGCCGGGCUGUUGCGCGUCCAGCAAUGCCAGGAGGCCCGAGGAGGCCCGGGGACCAGAGCUUUCUACAGGGUGGACCUGAGCCUGCAGUUUGCCGAGAUGAUGGCCCCGGUCGUCUGGACGGUGGAGAGCGCCUUCCCCUGUGUGGAGAGAGAGAAAGAGAAAAAGCUUCCAUCCACUGAGUUACUCCCCAAAUACCUGCCCACAACAGCCAGGGCCGGGCCAGGCUGAAGCCAGGAGCCAGGAGCUUUACCCAGGGCUCGCACGUGGGUGGCAGGGGCCCAGGAACGUGAACCGUCACCUGCUGCCUCCCGAGUCAGGAAGCUGGAGCCAGGAGCCGGAGCUGGGAUUCCAACCCACGCAUCUGGCGUGGGGCGCAGGCAUCCCGCCGGGGUCUGAGCGGCGAGGGCGAAUGCCCACCCUGCGACUCACUGCUUGACCGGCGAGGAACCGCCUUCUGAACGUGGUGUGUGUCCUCCACGCCAGGACACGGGGAUUUCAUCUUGAAAGGGGUUUUUCGGUGUGAGAGCGGCUACCAGCCGACCUGGCACUCACACGUGCAAAACCACCGGGAGCAAACGCCAUUGAGACACAGCGUAAGGAAAUGCACAUAAUUCACAAAUGCUGUCGAUCACUUUCAUCUCCGACUUCCCCGCGGUCCUCAAUAGAAGACAGACGCGCAGGAGAUUCAACUCAGAUGUUAGCCGCGCCAAGAAUGCCCGGUUACCAGGAUAUGAUGUUUCGGUACUGCAUAAAAAUGUAAUUAUAUUCAGAACUAUAUUUAAAGAUUAAAAGGGGGACUGCCUACCACGUCCAGCCCCCAGUUCAGAAUUGGAAACAUAGGGAAAGACGGAGUGGAGGAGGAGUUCUGGGUCCCCUAAAAAUGGCAACGUUUCCCGCAAGUUUUUACGCAUUUUGGCUCUUUUUCUCUUCCCAGUUUCCUGCAGCCACGACAUGGAUUUUGCAAAGGCUGGGGCUUUACCCGACAAAUAUGUACCAAGCACAGAGGCCCCGCACGAGGCUUGAGGGGCCGCAGAGGCCCCCGGAUUCGGCUCUGGGUGUCCAGCGGCGUCCAGUCUGCAGGGGGAGAUGAGAGGUGUCCAGAGAAUGCCCGUGGAGGGCGGGGGGCUCAGGGGUGACACCAGAGAGCCGGUGAGCCUCGUCUUGGGCCUUGAAGAGACGGUCAAGUUGUUAACACAGAGGUGAUGAGCAAAAUACAAAAAUAGCAGCAGCAAUAAAGACAUGUUAGGAAGGUUUUUUUUUUUUUUUUUU